AUGGUGCCGAUAGUACUAAAUUCCCAGACGGUUAGCGGGAUCACCGGUUCCAUCUCUAUUGCAUGCUGGAUCAUUGUAUUUGUGCCACAGAUUUAUGAAAACUUCUACAGAAACUCCGCUGAAGGCCUGUCGCUUCUAUUCGUCGUGUUGUGGCUGCUGGGUGAUAUCUUCAACCUUCUCGGCGCUGUGCUGCAGGGUUUGCUGCCCACUAUGAUCAUCCUGGCAGCUUACUAUACCCUCGCUGAUAUCGUGCUGCUCGGGCAGUGUCUGUUCUACGGGAACGAAGAGAAGGUGGACCCCGUCCACCUGUCGCCUGCCAACCCUAUCAACGAACGUGUCCUGGAAGAUGUGUUCAACGAGCACCAGCCCCUCCUGCACGACCAUAAGCAAAAGCAACAACGCGCUGAGGUUGCUGUGGGUUCCUCCAGUGUUUCGGCCCAAACCACCCAGGAGGUCGGUCCAAGAGCUGAGAACGACGAAACCCCAUCCACAAAGAACUACAUCGCCAAUGCGGUCCUUGUGACUAGCGUAUUCCUUGGUGGCUUUCUGUCCUGGUAUCUAUCGUACAUCCGCGAUCCAAACCCCAUCGGUGCGGAGCCUGAUCUUCACAUGAACUGGAUGGCCCAAUUUUUCGGUUACUUGAGUGCCGUUCUGUACUUGGGCUCCCGUGUUCCACAGAUCUUGCUGAACUUCCAGAGGAAAUCAUGCGAAGGCAUCUCAUUCUUGUUCUUCCUCUUUGCUUGUCUCGGAAACACCACUUUCAUCAUUUCAGUGCUGAGCAUCUCUAUGGAGCCACGCUACCUCCUUGUCAACGCCUCAUGGUUGAUUGGCAGCAUUGGAACUCUGUUCAUGGACUUCGUCAUUUUCAUGCAAUUUUUCAUUUACGAGAAUCCUAGUGACACUAGAGAGACUGGGGUCGCCGUCUAA